AAUGGUUCCAUUUUAGAUUUAUCGUUCUUCUCUUAAAUAUAUAUUUUUUUUCAUGUUCCAUUCAUUUUCAAACUGAUUUAGCUUAUUUGACCUAGGUUACCAAUCCGAUCCCAAUUUAAUUCUAGGGGUUUUCUAUGAUUUCAUUUCUUAUUAUUGAAGGCUUUUAUUUUAUGACGUGGAUGAAGGGGAAACUACAUGUUGGAAUCAGCUGUUUGUUCAAGCGUGCUUUUUACGAUAAGAGAAUUUCACAGGAAGUCAGUGGAGAUGCUUUGGGCGAUGAGUUCAAGGGUUACGUCUUCAAGAUUAUGGGAGGAUGCGACAAACAAGGUUUCCCAAUGAAGCAGGGAGUCCUCACCCCUGGGCGUGUUCACCUCUUGUUGCACAGAGGCACUCCUUGCUUCCGUGGACACGGAAGACGUAACGGUGAGAGGAGAAGGAAGUCAGUUCGUGGGUGUAUUGUGAGCCAAGACCUGUCAGUGCUGAACUUGGUCAUUGUGAAGAAGGGUGAGAAAGACUUGCCUGGAUUGACUGAUACCGAGAAUCCCAGGAUGAGAGGUCCAAAGAGGGCUUCUAAGAUCAGGAAGCUUUUUAAUUUGUCGAAGGACGAUGAUGUUACAAAGUAUGUUAACACCUACCGUCGCUCCUUUACUAACAAAAAAGGUAAACAAACAAGCAAAGCACCGAAGGUCCAGAGAUUGGUGACUCCCCUGACUUUGCAGAGGAAGAGAGGCCGAAUUGCUGAGAAAUAGAAGAGAAUCGCCAAAGCCAAGUCCAAGGCUGCGGAUUAUCAAAAAUUGCUUGCUUCCAGGUUGAAGGAACAGAGAGACAGGCGUAGUGAGAGUUUGGCAAAGAAGAGGUCAAGACUCUCAGCUGCUACCAAGCCCUCAGUUGCCGCUUAGUUCCGUGUCUUUAUGUCUAGGUUUAUUAUGCUACUGAGAUUUGGUAUUAGAUACUCAGUUUAAUCAGUUUUGAUUUUGUUUGCUGCUUUGUUGCUUGAUCACACUUAAAUCUGUUUAUGC